UAACAACAGGACAAGCUAUGGUGUAAACAAAGAUUGGGUCCACAUCAUUCAAACUAAAAUUAGUUAAAAUGACAAAAGUUCUGUGUUUUUUCUUUGUUUUGCUUAUCGUUUUCACAUGUACGACCAGUCAAGAAUGGUCAUGGAUUGAAGGAGAGCAAUUCGCAGGUGUCCUCUCGCUCCCAUCUUACCCUGGAGGUCGUAGUGGCAGCAGUAUCUGGACAGACGUGAACAGCGACGUGUGGAUGUUUGGAGGGCGAGGCGUCUCCAUCACAGGAGGCGGACACUCGACGCUGCUCAAUGAACUGUGGAAGUACAACAUGGGACAAGGCAAGUGGACGCUAGUUCACCCUGGGACUAUGUCCAUGACAUCAUCGCAGGAAACACUGGUCUCUCCUGAACCGCGACAACUAGCGGCGGCGUGUGGAGUGACAAACUCGACAUUUGUUGUGUUCGGAGGUCUCGGCACAGAAGACCGAGCGCUCGCAGAUACCUGGGUGUACUAUGUGCACAAAAAGCACUGGAUUCGGCUAUCUGAGACUACAAUGGACCUCGAUUUGGAGACCAAUGACACAGUGCCUUCCCCAUCUGGUCGUGGUGACAUGGUCUCCUGGUGUCUACCUGACAAAAUGUUAAUCUUCAGUGGAGUGGACAGCAACAAUAACAUAAGCAGUGAUCUUUGGAGAUUUUCUCUCAAAGACAUGAUGUGGUCAGAGAUAAGAAAUUCGGAGAAUGUUUCAGAUAGACUCAUCAAUGGCAAAAGUAAACAUUAUCCUCGUGCCAGGAAUGGCGCCACAUCAUGGGUUGUAAACAACAACACUGUUUAUAUGUUUGGCGGCAAUGUUCUGAGCACCAACAUCCUAAGUCGGCACUUAAACAUCGGCUACACGUCCGAUCUGUGGCGCUACAACCUAGGAAACAACACAUGGAACUACAUGUCAGGACACAGCAACUCGUGUUACCCGGGAGUCUAUGGUAGGUUUCAGAGUAGAGAUCCCACUACACUACCUGGAUGUCGGCGGCGGGCGGCCUCGUGGGCAGACCAUAAUGGGAACCUGUGGAUGUUCGGAGGUGAUGGAACCGACACCGAUUACCCCAGUGUUUUCCACACAGCUAAACUCCUUUCGGAUGUGUGGCUUUACGAAGUUCACAGUGGGAUAUGGAUGUGGUUUGGAGGACGGAACCAGGGCGAAUCUAAGCCCGUCUACUUGAGGAAAGGUGAGGCAAGUUCUGCUGGCCUGCCCGGUGGCCGCUGUGACAGCAUGGCGUGGGUGGGACCCGGCUACACGUUUUACUUAUUUGGAGGAGUUGGUCACGAUGGUAGAAACCUUGACGGGUAUUUGAAUGACCUGUGGGUGAUGUACAUGGAAGACGUGAUUGGUCCGGAGAGAGGCGUGGCUGGGGGACUGCUUGUGUUCUUCAUUCUGCUGGCUGUGACGUGUGUGCUCGCCAUGUGUGUCAUAGCCCUGUAUGCCAGGGACAAGCACAAUGGGAUGACGCGACGCAGUCUGCGCUUCACCGCCAAGUACAGCAAACUGUCCGAUACCGUGGAAUGACUAGAGACUGUUUACUAGUUUAGUACCAUUAAAAUGUUUCCAGAUACCUCAAAUUAACAACAAGACCACCAUAUAUCAAAUUUAGGAUAUAUAUUGCCUACACAGUUGUGUUCAAACUUUAACAAUCGAUUUAAAGAGUCAAAGUAAAACUGAAUGUAGUCUAGUCAAUUUUACUCGUGUAGGCUAUGCACCGUGCAAUUCACGAUGAUUGAGAAUGUUGAUCAUUUGAUAACAGGAGUCAUUUUAUAAAGACGACCAACCUUUUUAUACAUGAGUAUGAGUAUGGACAUUCAUCUUAAUGUUCUGGUGUAGUUCCUUUGGUAAAGAGUUCAUGAUUUGUUGCCACAUUUAAAAAAAAGAGAAACAAACAAAAUAACAAUAGCACUGGCCUCCAUACACCUGCCUGUGUAUACAUUUCACACCCCUAUCAGUCAGUGUACCCGUUCCAUACCCGAUUCUUUAUAAACGUUUACCAUUUGCUCAUGCCUUGACUUGCUUAGGAGAAAGCAGGUCGGAAGCUCCCAGUGACGUCAUUCCAUCCGCCUCUGUGAUGGCUCUCCAGUUAUAAUACUGUUCCGUUGUAUACGUCUUGCUAUUGUAUUUUGUUUUAUUCACAUAACAAGAAUAACUAUAGAGAACAAGAUUUGCUAAAAUCUAGGGUUAAUUAUAAAAAAUAUAAAUGUACCAAAAACAAAAUCAUUCCUUAGGGUUAAAUUGAGAGUGGUGUGACCUAUGCCAAACAGGACAUACAUAGAUUUAAAUUUUAGCAUCGCAAACAUGUCUUCGAAAAUGUGUGAGAGAGUGAGAGAGUGAGUGAGUGAGUGUGUGUGUGUGUGAGUGAGUGUUUUUUUGGGCAUUCCUUUGCCUCCAAAAAAACCCCAAUAUAUGUACACUAAAAUGUACUAGUUCAACCAAAUCCUGUGCAAUUUAUACAGUAUCUGAAAUAGGCCUGCAUAUUUAUAGCUUUACCCUUAGUAACAUUUUUACUAUAGGCCUAUAUAGUCUGACCUUUAAUGUUCUUUAUAAAUAACCCAGGCUAUUGCAAUUAUGUUCAUCUUGAUGAUUUGCACAUGCACAUACAUACACACCUGAACUAUUCUUUCAUCAUCAGUUGUGAUAUAAUUUAUGAUGAGCUCUUGUGUUUGUGUGGUGGUUUUGUUAGGUUUCUUUGUUCUAUUUGUAUGUUGUUGUUUUCAUGUACCUGCGCAUAUUGUAGGUGAUAGUGUGUAAAAAGCUAUAUUUAUUUACCUGUGAUAUAAUGAUGUGUUACCGUGCAUUAUUCGACAACAUAGCAUAUCAGUUAGAAGGUUGCCUUAGUCAGAUUUAUUAGUGUUGUACAAAUGACGAUUGUUGGACAUAUAUUUUCAUUUGCAUAUUGAAUUAUAGAUACAUGUAUAUCAAAUCAAAUCAGUUUGUUCAUAAAUGCAUAAACAGUAUAAAUGAGUUGUGCCAUGUAUACAUGAACAAACUAAAUAAUAUAACAAUGAUGGACAUCGUAAUUUGUUAAAAGACUACACCACAAACCCGCACACCCGAAUCUGCCAAUGUAUAUAAUUGUUGAAAGUUAACUACUUGGUCACACAAAUGCUUUAUAUCAUAUAUACAAUAUACAACAAUACUUUCACAUGCUGGCAUAUGUAUAUGUGUUGCAAAUGUUAUUUUAGAAAACUAUGAUCCACCAAGAUUGGUAAACAAGCAUGGCAUAGCGCAUUGAAUAUUCAUAAUAAAAUAAUUGUACCCAACAGUCCCAUAGCAUAAUACAAUUAGGUGAACUAGUAUGUCUAUUACCACUGGCGUAACGCAAUACAUAUAUUUAAAUAUUUUGUAUUUAUGUUUGCUCAACUUUGGUGAUGUGAACUUCUCACAACUGUCAACUCCGUGUAGCGUAUUAAUAUAGAAUACUGGAAAUACCUUCUUUUUUACUGUGCUAGAAAUACCUUCUUUUUUCAUUAUGCUAGAAAUACCUUCUUUUUCACUAUGCUAGAAAUACCUUCUUUUUUACUGUGCUAGAAAUACCUUCUUUUUUCACUGUGCUAGAAAUACCUUCUUUUUUACUGUGGUGUAUUUAGAAUACUUAUUCUGAAUAUACUGUGUAGUGUAUAUACCAAUAUAAUUAAAAUUAGCUCCACUAUUACAUGUGGAUCUAACAGCAGCCCGUUGGAGCUCAUGUCCAGUUGACCUUUCAUUCGACCAAUCAAAACCUUACUUACAAAAUCAUGCCAGUGAUUUGAAAAAUAUUUGAAAAUAUUCGGGAUUAUACCGGAAUGAUUCGGGUGGAUUACGAAAUAUGCCGGAAACUAAUUGCAAUAUAAAAUGUUAUAUAAAAUUCAUUUCAAGACGAAAAAACCAAAAAAAACCUGUGAUGGUAUAGCCAUAAAAUCUGUUUAUACUAGUAUACAA